GGGCGCGGCGUAUAUAAGGCGAGGGGCGGGCGCCGCUCUUUUGUCUCUUGCUGCUGCAACGCGAGUGGGAGCACCAGACCUCGGGCUCGGAGCGAGAGGCCGCGAACUGUUGGAAGAAAAUGGCAGACAAGCCCGACAUGGGGGAAAUCGCCAGCUUCGAUAAGGCCAAGCUGAAGAAGACCGAGACACAGGAGAAGAACACCCUGCCGACCAAAGAGACCAUUGAACAGGAAAAGCAGAGUGAAAUUUCCUAAGAACCUAGAGGGUCCAUCACCACCACCUCCCCGCCCCCCCUCCCCCCCCCCGUCAUCUCGGAGACACCUCGUGAUGUGGAGGAAGAGCCACCUGAAAAAUGGACACGAGCCACCAGCCUGCACUGUGAACCCCGGGCACUCCGUGCCAAUGCCAUCGGCCUGUGGGUCUCUGAAGGGACACUACUCCCCGCCCUCCCCCCCCACCCCCAUCGGACUGCCAAAUUCUCGGUUUGCCCUGGGAUGUUAUAGAAAAUUAUUUGUAUGAUUAAUGAAAAUAAAAACACACCUCGUGGCAA